CGUCCCACAGGCGUGGGGCUGAUCGCGGCCGGACAGUGCGACGUGGUGGUGGCCGGAGGGGUGGAGCUCAUGUCGGACGUUCCCAUCCGGCACAGCAGGAAGAUGAGGAAGACGAUGCUGACCCUGAACAGGGCCAAGACCUUGGGCCAGAAGCUCUCCCUGAUCUCCAAGAUUCGCCCUGACUACUUCGCUCCUGAGCUCCCGGCUGUGGCCGAGUUCUCCACCAGUGAGACCAUGGGGCACUCUGCCGACCGCCUGGCCGCCGCCUUCGGCGUGUCCCGCCUGGAGCAGGACGAGUACGCCCUGCGCUCCCACACCCUGGCCAAGAAGGCCCAGGACGAGGGUCUGCUGCUGGAUGUGGUGCCCUUCAAAGUGCCAGGUAAGAGUGCACGUGUUCCACUGCCGGGGGGGUCACGCCCACGGAGCAGCUGGGGUGGAUUUAUUUCACCCUCUGACUGUCCCCGGAAAAACCGCGGGCAGAGCGGCGGGUUUGGGAACGGGAGUGUCUGGAUAUGGAAGCACAGCAUCCCCAGACUGGUUUGGGUGGGAAGGGACCUUAGAGAGCCCGGCAGCCCCUCAUUCCCUCCCCCAACGCCGCCAGGCCCCGCGGCGCCCCGGAGCGCGGCCCGCCCGCCGGCGCCCGCGCCCGGCAGUACCUUGUACUUGCUGAAGCCGGCGAGCUGCUCGGGGCUGACGUACUCCAUGGCGAUCCCUGUUAUCCCGGUGUUCCCGGCGCUCCCGGCGCUCCCGCUCCCGGCGCUGCCGCCGCCGCAUCGGCCCACCCGGCGUGCCCGUGACGUCACCGCGCCCCGCCCCGCGGCCGCGGCGCCCCCUGGCGGCCGGGAGGGCCCCGCGCGAGAGGGCGGCGGGAACGGCGGGAACAGCGGGAAAAAGGGAUCCGGGAGCGACGCAUCCGCCCCUGCCCUGCGGCGCCGUGGGGUCGUUCCGCGUCCGCUGGCACCCCGGGCCCGUGUACAGACUCCCUGCCCAGCGCUCUCGGAGCCCCUUUAG